AUGCCGUCCCGGCGCGUGCAGCCGUUGGAGACCGCCGUCGAGCGCCGGCCAUCGACCUCGACGAGCUCGACCAGCCUCGUGCCUCGUUCCACACCGCGGCGGUAUCGACUCGGCCUCGGUAUCGCAACGGCCAUCGCAUCGGUGGUCGUUGGCUGGCACUUUAGCGCUCUCGUCUUUCAGAGCUUUGGUAACGACCACUGGUGGCCGUGCUACUCGCUCGCGUACCAAGCGUACCUCAUCGACGUCCUCAACGACGCGCUGCUCGGUUCGCCCAACGGCUCGGUCAACCUCGUGAGUGACUCCGCGCGCGUGGCCAAGACGUACGACAUCGCCUCGGCGUUCACAAGCAUCUACCCCACGUACAUGCGCCACCUCGUCCUCCACGAACUCACGUCGGUGGAACAUGGCAUUGCAAGUCUGCGGACGAUGAGCCCGGGCGACGCUCUCACGGUGCAAUCGCAAUACUGCUGGGUCGACUUUGCGAAGGAGCUCGAGAUGGCCCACACGGCGGCGCGCCAAGCACGGUGCGCCCGCUACGCUGCCAACGGCGCCAUGUACCUUGCCUCGGUGCUGCGCAAUAUUGACUAUGGCGCCUUUACAAGCAUCUUUGGGGGCAUCGGAGGUCCCUUCACCGUCGGCCUGGGGCUCGGUUUGCAGGAGACAGCGACGGGCCGGGCAUUUCUACAGUCGCUCGAGAUCAUUACGACGCCGAUCGCCCAAGAAGCGGACAUUUGGAUGUCGUUCGGACUCGACCGAUUUGAACUGCAGUGGCACAACAAGUACCAAACCGGUAUCACCGAGCACGCAACGAUUCUCAACGCUUUGGGUCACACGGCGUCGAUUACGCUCAAGGACCUGCCGCGGCGCCUCGGGAGCUGGUCGUCCGGCAUCCUCAACUGGCAGCUCAACAACGAUCUCUACAGCGUCCAGGCCUGCAAUCAAAGCCUCUUGCGCAACAACGAACUCGUACUGCAAGCUGCGAGUGUGCUGGCCCCGCCCUUCGCCGACGAGACGAUUCACAGCGGCGUCUUGGAACCGACGCCGCCGACCUGGGCCACGGGGUACGACUACCACGGCGGCAGUCCUCUCUGUCUGCACAGCAGCCCCACGCCUUUUGUACAACCGCCGUUUGACGCCAACGCGCUCUGCACAGGCGCGCAUCGCCUGACAACACCCUUCUCAUUUCCGUCCUUGCUCCUCGCGCGGGCCAUGACGAUGGCCAUACCCGCCGCCGAUCUCUGUGCUUGCGACGUGUCGGGCCAGUGUGCACCGGCCCUUGCGGCAGCCCAUUUGGUGUUGAAAGAACGGCAGCUAAACACAGCGGGGUUCGAUCCCACGACCCUCGGGCCGGUCGGCAUCAUGCAAUAUGCGACAUCGACGACCAACGCUUCCAACUGGACGCUACUGUACGAGCCGCUGUUCUCGCCCGAUGCGUUCCGUUUCUAUGGCUGGCUCAUGCUCUACGAUUGGGCGAUUGGUGCCCGGGAGGUCGUCGCCUUUGAAGGCGAUGUCUCAACCUUGACGCUCAUCUCCAACACGUACGCGGUGCAGACGUAUCCCACGAGCGGCGGCAACUUGUAUGUGCCCAACUCGACGCAGAUGAUCGCGUACAUCAUUCUUUACACCACGGCCGUCGCCUCGGUUGUGCUGCUGGCCGCUCUCUGCUCGACCUACGCUCUUCCAGCGCGCGUUGAGCCCACCAACUGGCUCGCCUUCCAUCGGCUCGUGGGCGCCGCGUGGGUCGGCCGACCGCUGCUCCUGAUCCGCGGCGGCGCGGCCAUUAUCAUGCUCAGCACCGCCAACGUUCAGCUGCAGCACUCAUCGAAUGGCGGGAGCUACUUCUCAUGCGACGCACGGUCGAUCAUCGAUGUGUUUGUGUUGUCCAUCGAAGCCACGUGGCUCUCGCUGCUCUUGCAAGAUGUGGCGCGGCUGCUCGUGCCCGAGGCCACCCACUCCUACGCAACACCGUGUGCUGCCCUCGCCUGCGGCAUUCACAUCUGCCUCGAGGUCCUCGACCCGAUCACGCCCGUCGCCUCGCUACAGCGCACGUGUGCCAGCACCAACUUGGACGCGGUGGUGGUCUGUGCCGGUGCGUCCGUUGUGAUCGGCAGCGUUGACCGGGCCCAAGUGCUCGUCGCCACCCACGUACUGCUCACGCUCCUCGGUAUCGUGAGUGCAAGCAUGUGGCGCCGUACCGAGACGCGCCGCGCGGCGAGCGAUAUGGAGCCGCCGUUCUACUUGCUAUCAGGCCUCGCGACGCUGUACCUAGCCCCGACGUCGCCGACAGGUGUCGACGCAGUGCCCAACGACCCCGUCGCCUGUCUCCUCGCGGGCUUGAUUCCGUUCACGACCGAUGACAGCAUCUACCUCUUCGACUUGAACCGGUGGCUUGUCGUGAAAAGUGUUUUGAACGCCAACGAAGCGUUCCGACCGCUGCACUCGAACGUACUGUGCGUGUCUCGCCGAACGACGUUGCAGCGACCACAGGCGUCCGUGUCGGCGCCGAUGCGCAUGCUCGUACCGCCGGUCUCUCGCUGGACGCGGUGGUGGUCCAAGCUCGUGUAUGGGUCGUCGAUUCUGGUUUGUUUGGGCUACAUGGCGCUCUCAAUUCAGACGAGCGUUCUCUAUCUCCGUGUCUCGGCAACCGCGCUCUCCAACGACCUCGCGUGGGCCAACUUUUCCAUGCAUUCGACGCACCGCUUUCUCGCGUCGAUCCUUAGUGCUGACUUUGCCCUUGGCAAUUUCUCAGCGCGACCGCUGCAGUUGGAUGCGAUCGACGUCAACCUUGUCACGACGUCGCUUGAUGACGCGUCACGCAUGACGCUGCCGGGCAACUUUGGCGCGCGCGUGCAGAUGCGGACGCUGGAGCACGCGUUGCGCGAUGCCAUUCAAGGUCUUCGCAGCACGCCUGCCGCGGACAUGCCGUGGAUCUUCUCCGCCUACUGCUACCUCGACUUGAACCAGACGUUUGCGAUGGCCAACUCGAUGAAGCGCCAAGCGCGCUGCCGCAACAUGACGACCAACGGCGCCGUGUACCUCGAAACGAUCUUGCGCAACACCGAGUGGGACGACCUCCUCGCAGUGUGGGGGAAUGCCUUUCACGUGGCUUUCGGGCGCGACCUCGAAGCGACAAACAUGGGCAUCAACUGGCUGCGCGCGGUCCGUGCCGCGGCCACGAACUGGGUCCCACCGGAUGUCGAAGCAGCGUAUUGGCGUCGCUCUGGCCUCACGACGUUCACGCUGCAGUGGCAAAACUUCAAGACGAUCGGACUCGUCAACACAUACCGCGUCGUGAGUGCGUCGAGUGCGUAUUACCCGUUUACGCUCGCGUCGCUCAACGGUUCGUACCGCAUUCCAUCCGAGACGAGCUACAAAAUGUACUGGGGCUUGGCCAACGAUUUCCGCGCGACCCUCCGCAAUGGCAGUGGCAUGACCGGCCAAAGCCUCCUCUCCAAUAGCGCCAACUACGCGUAUGCCAACACGACACCGGCAGCUGUGCUGUUGCGCAACGGGAUUCUCAACGCACCGAUCGGGCGCGGGCUGCAACUUGUGAGUGACGAGCUCGGUCCGUUUGGCUCGACCGACAUGUACUUCGUUCCUGUGCCGACAGUGCUGCGGGCUGCCGUCGACGGUCUUCGCCGCCUACUGCACACGCUCGUAGCAGAGAACGCGUCGGCUCUCGCAACCUUUCUUGCAAUCGACACCAGCGUGUCCGUGUGGCCCGUACCCGGGCCGUGGAUCCAAGCCAACUUCUUGUCGUUUGGCGGCUCGGUGCUCUGUGACGCGAUUCUGCCGACAGCGGCGCCCGCCGUCGGCGCUGGUCUCCUCGUGCUCUUCUCGUUCGACUAUGGCUGCGACGCGGUGCCCUACUACGCCAGCUUGCAGCUUAACCGUGCAACGCUCGUGCCCGCGUCCUUGCUCAGCGCCGUUCACACGCAGAGCAACUGGACUGACAUUUGCAGGCAUGACCCAUACAACCUCGUGGCGUGCGACGGGUACCUGAACUCGACAACGUCCUUUACAUCCACCUUUGGCUUGGCGGAGGCCAUGGCGCGCAAUGAUAUCCACCUCUCGGAUGUCUAUGCGUCCGUAGCAGCACUCGACAUCCAGAUCCUCCAGUACGGCAGCGCCUCGACCAACGACCCGCUCUCGCUGGAGCGCCUACCGCUGCUCAACCCGGCCGAUCCCACCUACGAUCUCUUUGCCUUCGCCUACCUCCUCGAAUGGGUGUCGUGUGACCGCGACGUGGUACACUUCCAAGGCGACAACAUGUCGCUCACGUUGCUCUCGGAGAAGACGACGCCGAUCGCGCAAGCCAUUUACGCUGCCGAGCUGCCGUCGGCGCUCGCAUCGUAUGCGCAGUCGGCCAACAUGUUUGUCACGAGCCUUCUCUUGCUCAUCGCCUUGCUCCUCACACUCUACAUGUGGCUCGCGCGCGGCUACGUGGAGCGCCGGAACGUGCUCAAAUUGAACCGCAUCGGCGCCAUGAGCUACGUCGGGCGCCCGCUCAUCUUUGUCCGGUCGGCGACCGCCAUGAUGCUCCUCGCCACCGCGUCGCUCGAGCUCCACAUCACCGACGGCCUCGCGUUUCUGGCGCCAGGAGCCACCUCGUGGCUUUCUGUGCUGCUCGCAUCGAGCGAAGUCACAUGGCUCGUCGAGGUCGUCAACGACAUGGCCAUGGUACUCACGCGGUCGCACGCGGCGCAGUACGCGGCAAUCAACAGCCUCAGCGUCUGGGCCGCCACGGCGCUCCUCUCGUGGAACGCCCCGGUGACGUUUACAGCCAUUUACGCACCCGUCUGUCGAUUGAGUCACAUGGACUUGCAAGUCACGUGCGAGACGGCGGCCAUCACGAUCGGCCACUGGCAGCGCAUUGCAACGCUCGCAUGUCUGACACUAAGUGUCAACGCGCUCUGCUAUAGCAUUGUGCGGAGUCUGCAGCGCUGGCGCUGGCUCUGGCGGCUCGUGCCCGCGCAAUGGCGGCCAAAAGAUAGUGUGCCAGCGCCGACCAAGAAGGUGCAGUCGCUUCUGCUCUCGGCGGGUGCUACGUUUCUCUUUUACCACGCGCCGUGGAUCUUCAACGACGUCUACUACCUGGACCGGGCGUCCGCCGCAUUGAAUGGGCUGCUCAGCGUGCGCUAUGACGGCAUCUACUAUGUGCUCGACAUCAAACUCUGGCGCAUCUUGGUGCUGGCCCCGACGCCGUGCCCACCCCAGCACCCCAAGUAUGCAGCUGCGCAGUACGCACUGCCACUGAGUCUUCACUAA